AUGGAUGGCCUUAGCGUGACUAUUUCGCCCGAUAUCUACAUUUCGUUGAUUAAGGAGUGCACGAAGAAUGGCGACUUAGCCGGAGCAUUAGAGCUCCAUAAACACAUCAGGCGUAGCGGGUUGAGACCCGGUUUGCAUUUGCUUAAUCGCUUCUUGCUAAUGUUCGUGUCCUGUGGUUGCUUGGUUAGUGCUCGCAAAGUGUUUGAGGGUGUGCUCCAGAGGGACGUCAGUUCUUGGGCUUUCUUGAUUGUUGGUUAUAUGGACAAGGGUGAGUAUGAGGAAGCUAUGACGCAGUUUGUGAGGAUGCUUUGCUGUAUCAAUGUGAGUGAAGUUCCUUUGUGGACAGUUGUGUGUAUAUUGAAGGCUUGUGUACAUUGUGCAUAUAAGGAUCUUGGUGAGCAACUUCAUGGUUGGUUAUUGAAGCAAGGUAGUGGGGGUGAGAAUCCCCUGCCUAGGUCGUUGAUUGAUUUCUAUGGGAAAUUCAAGUAUCCGGAAUGUGCUAACAUUAUCUUUCAGCAAUUGUCUAGCCACAAUUCCGCUAUCUGGAUGGCCAAACUUGCGUAUGACUACAGUGGACAUCAGUAUGAUACAGUCUUUAGUAACUUCAGGGAAAUUGAGACGGGGGGAAUUCAGAAGAGUAGAUCCAUGUUUUUGAGUGUUCUUAAGGCAUGUGGCAGAGUUAAAGAUGAUGGGCAAUGUGGUCGGCAGGUUCAUGCUAAAGCUAUUAAGGUUGGAGUAGAGUCAGAUGCGUUUGUGUAG